GAACCUAUUAUCGCUUCUGUCCAUGGAGAUGAACACGGAUACGGGCCUACUACUACCUGGUUCGUCGGCGAUAGAGCACUGACGCAGGCACACACUCCACCGUCCCAUCGCCGCGCUGCGCGAUUUUCUUCCACUUGAGCACAGGCGCGGACCGCCCCAGGACGCUCUUCCUCCAGACCUGCCAUGUCUAAAACCGGCCACUUGGAUGAGGAAAAAGUGCUCCCCAGUGCGCAUAAGGAAUCGCGCGACGUCGAGGAGCAGCAGGACAUCAAGGUCGAUGUCCACACGGGCCUGUACGACGGCGUGCAGCGCAACAUGAAGCAGAGGCAUAUCCAGAUGAUAGCUAUUGCCGGGACGCUCGGUACGGGGUUGUUCCUGGGCUCUGGAAAGGCUAUCGCGCAUGCGGGACCUGCUGGUGCUCUACUCGCAUAUAUUCACGUCGGCACGAUCAGCUACUGCAUGCUCAUGUCCCUCGGCGAGAUGAUAUGCUACAUGCCCAUCUCCGGCGGAUAUAUCCAUCUGGCGGAACGUUUCGUGGACCCCGCGGUCGGAUUCGCGCUGGGCUGGGUGCAGUGGUACGGCGGCGUGGUGUCCCUCCCGACGGAGAUCAUCAGCGCGACGCUCGUCAUCGGGUUCUGGGACACCCCGAUGCCCACCGCGCAUCUGGUCGCCCUGAUCACGCUCCUCAGCGUCUUUUGUGCGGCGAUCAACUUCCUCGGUGUCCGCUGGUUUGGCGAGUCCGAGUUCAUCUUCGCCAUGAUCAAGAUCAUGCUCGUCGUCGGUUGUGUCGUCGGAGGGCUGGUUAUCGAUCUGGGAGGUGGACCGCACGGGGAUAGAAUCGGAUUCCGGUAUUGGGAGCAUCCCGGCGCCUUUGCGCCGUACAUUUCCACCGGGAACGCGGGGCGAUUCGCAGGGUGGUUUACCACACUGCUCCAGGCUGCCUACUCCUACAGCGGCAUGGAGAAUCUCGCGAUGACCGCGGCGGAGGUGGAGAAUCCGCGCCGCUCACUGGCCCAGGCGGUCCGCCGAGUCUUCUACCGCAUCAUGCUGUUCUAUGUGUGCGGCAUCCUCGUCGUUGGCAUGCUCGUUCCAUUCAACGACCUCCAUUUGCUCCAAUCGACCGGGACGGCCGCAGACUCCCCAUUCGUUCUCGCCAUGACGCGUGCCGGCGUCAAAGUCCUUCCCUCGAUCAUCAACGCCGGUGUGCUGACCUCCGCGUUCUCCGCGGGGAGCAGCGGGCUGUAUGGAACGUCGAGGAAGCUUUAUGGAAUGGCGCUGCGGGGGCAGGCCCCGCGCAUCUUCGCCACGACGACCCCAGGCGGACUCCCAAUGGUAUCGCUUGCGUUCUCGAGCGUGUUUCUCGUGCUCGCGUACAUGGCGGUGAACAAGGGCUCCUCGACUGCGCUCAAUUGGCUCACCAAUCUCACCACCAUCCGGGCCUUCGCCAGCUGGGGUGAGGGGCUUCCCAUUCAGGCACACAGCAUCUCAUUUGAUGGUACGAUAGGCAUCAUCUCAUGGGUGUACAUCCGCUUCCACGCCGGACUUAAAGCGCAGGGCAUCGACCGGACGCGCUUCGUGUAUUGGAGCAGGUUGCAGCCGUGGGCGGCGUAUUGGUCGCUGUUCUGUACGUCCAAUCUUCCCCUUCACCGUCUGCAUCUCCCUCUGGUGAACUCUCCUCGAUCUCAGGGAGCAUCGUGAUCGUCGUGUUCAAUGGCUUCCGGGUCUUCGUGCACGGCCAGUGGUCCACGACGGAUUUCAUCAUCGCGUACGUCAACCUGCCCAUCGGCGCAGUGCUCUACAUCGCGUACAAGCUCAUCCGCAAGACAAGGAUGGUGGAUCUGGAGAAGAUGGACUUUUACUCGAAUGUGCCACCGCCGGAUGUCGACUCGAAUGAGGCGGAAAAUGGGCGGGAAGGGGUAAUUGGAGGAGAGUUUCGAGGUGGUUGUUUUGAGUGACCACGAUGUUCCACUACUUUUCAACGCUGUAUUCCCUGGAUUCGCUUCCUUUCUGCAAGUCCACUAAGUUUCUAAUAUGCCUCAGCAUUCCCUCAUCGGUCGUCGGAAAUGCCUCCUCAACAUAUAGAACAGGUAGUCUAC